CGUUUCUUUUCCAAGACUUUUAACAUGCUGAUUAUUUUUUUUUAACUGCAAUAAAAUAUUUUAAAAAUAUUAUUUGUGUCACUAAUCCCAGGGAUGGUCACCUGAGUCAUGAUACCUGGGUGUACAAGGCCUGACACAACCACUGGUCAGUUUCUCCUUGCGCUCUCCUCCAGUGAUGCCAGGCAUGAGACAUUUGUUAUUAUCAUAUUUUAAAAUCAACCACUGCAAUGACGUAAAAACAUAACAAUAGUGUGUUGGGAACUUUCCUACUGUCCCUGAAGUAGCAUCGGCAUGACGCAUGCGCGGCUCCGACGUGCCUUACAUUUUGAACCGGACCGCGAAUACGUCCGAGCGGCGACGUGACCAAAACACGCUGGAACUAUGAGUGACCUGCAGGAACUCAGCGACCACGUUCACGAGCGGCUGUCGUCCAUCCAGCGUUUGCUGGAUCUGUCAUCGGCAGAGGUUCCUCAGAAUAAGAUGAAGAAACUGUCUCAGGAAAUCACCUCCCUCGGCAGCCAGAUGGAGAGAUUCGAGGCGUUUGUGGAACGGCAGCGAGGCCAGCUGCAGCAGUUGAAGGCAUUAGAGGAGGUUUACCAGCGCCACCUGGAGGGUGUGCAGCACCUGGUGGUCCACAUCCCAGUUCACAUGCCCAAGAGAAAAAGCCCAGCAAAAGCCAGCGAGGCAGCUGCGGUGAAGAGUGAGGCGGCCGGAGCUGCGCCGGCUCCAGCUGAGACGAGCCGGAGAGGCAACAGGAGCAUCAAGAUGAUGAUGGUGGUCACGCUGCCUGAGUUUGAGGCCAUCCCUCAAUACAUGAAGGGUCGAACCACAUAUGACCAGCUGAACGCCGCCGUGCAGACCAUCAACACCGCCGUUGUCACCAAGUACAAGAUCGUCCAGCAGCCGGUCAAAAGUUUGAACAAUCACUCCAAAGGGCUUCACCAGCGCUUCAAAGAGCUGGAGACCAAAGACACAAAAGGUCAGUUCUUCGUGGUGGAGCAAGACAUCCGGGAGUUCACGCAGGUGAAGGUGGACAAGAAGUUCCAUCUGCUCCUGAAUAUGCUGCGACACUGCCAGAGACUGAAGGAGCUGCGGGGGGGAGGCCGCACGCGCUACGUGCUGUUGUGAAUCUCCAUGUUGUUUGUGUUACUCAUGGCUGUGGUAACAGUAUUGCUGCUACACCUGUCUGUCGUCUUCCCAUCGGAGGACUAUUAAACCCAUGUUAUC